AUGAAGCUCAUCAUGCACAAUGACUUCUUUGGGAGGGAAGGACUUCAUGUAAAGGUCUUGGAGCAGCUCAAGGCUGACAAUGCUGAGUGGAGCGGGGUGACUGACUGUGAGAAGGCGCUCUUCCUCUUCUUUGAAGGGCAACGGAGGUGGACUGUCAAUGGCACGCCGGUCUACCUGGGUCGCUGCUAA